CACACUAGUACUACUGUGUAGCUUCACAUAAACACAGAGGGACACACAAUGCUCAGCUGGCUGGACCACGGACAAGACCCAUAACUUCGUGUCAGUUUCAGCCUUUUUUUGUUAUUAUGCUGCCUUCUUCUUCGUGAAUGUAUAUCAACCACCACAGCCAAACAAUGAGAGGCAUCCUAAAGAGAAAGUUUGCAGAGGUGGAUGACAAUUCCUGCUACUCCUCCUCCUCCUCUCCUCCAUCCUCCCUCUCCUCCCCUGCCUCCUCAGAGUGGGAGUCCGACGGGGAGAGCAGCUCCUCUGACAACCAGGAUUUCACCCCUCACAGCUGUUCUUCACCCACCAGUUUACCCAUUCGGGCCAUCCUGAAGGGGUCUAAGCUUGGAGGUGCACAGAGCAAUGUGCACUUUGACCAGGUGACGGUGUUCAGUUUUCCACGCUGCCAGGGCUUCACCAGCGUGCCCAGACAUGGAGGUGCCACCCUGGGCAUGGUGCGGCAGCACAGCACCCUCCAAAAGUACACAGUGGCAGAGCAUGCAGUGGAGCAACGGCACAGGCGCAGAGAGAGGCUCCGGGAAAGACUGAGAGAAGAGAGGUUCAAGGCACUGAAACAUAAAUUGAUCACCAGUGGGGCCUUGGACCAGCGAGGGGCGGACAGGCUCACUGUGGACCAAAUCCCAGAUGAUAACAGUGACAUCCACAUCAGUGAUGCUGAACUGAAGGAUGGAGGUUUCCUUCAGCCGUACUCCUUCAAACAGCGUCAAGCGCUGCUCCAGGCAGCAGGGGUGAAGCGCAUCGACAGGGAGGAGAAGAGGCAGCUUCACGCCCUGCGUCUCUCCAGAGAGGCCUGUGGAUGUGACUGCCAAGGCUUCUGUGAGCCAGAGACCUGUGCAUGUAGUCUGGCAGGCAUCAAGUGCCAGGUGGACCGCUUCAACUUCCCAUGUGGCUGCACUAAGGACGGCUGUGGAAACACUCAGGGACGAAUUGAGUUCGACUCCAGACGUGUGCAGACCCAUUACAUCCACACUGUCAUGAGGCUCGAACUGGAGCGACGGCUGCAAGAAGAAACACUGAGCCAAGAGGACCAGACAGAGCUUCCAGAGGACCUUGUAGAGCACAAGGACCAGGAUGAGGCUCAUGCGGUGCAGGAUGCACAGGACAAGAACUGCCCCUUUGCUUUCACCAUGGAGGAAGACGGUCCUUCUCUCACCCUGCCUCCCACUCCUUCCUUCCAUUUCAUCCCAGAGCGGUUAGCAGUGGAGGAGAACAGCUGCAGCAGCGACAUGACGGAAACCUCCUGCUCCUCCUCUGACUCUGAUGCUGGAGGAUGCCUCACUGGGAGUCAGAAUCUCCCUGAAGUGGACGGAGGGUUGCCCUGUUCCCUAAGGAACUGUGACUCUGAAAAUAAUAACUACUCUGUGUGCAGUCAACUGAGGCACAUAGGAGAACCGCUGACACAGCACAGCGGCAACUCCGCCACACACAGCACAACUACUGACAGCACGGGACCACUUACAGCCAACACAUUCACAGACAAUAUGAGCAGGACCUCGCUGACAGAUUAUCUCAGUGAGAAUGCAAACCAAGCCAGAGACUUAUUUGACAAUGACUCUCUCGAGGGCUUCCCCAGCACCCCCUCCCCCUCUGUGGACUAUUCCUCAGGCAGGUACAUGGACCUGAGUCUGUCCUCUGACUCCGACCUGGAGUUCUUCGACAGUGACUAUCCUUCUGGACCACUGCACAGCUCUUUUAAAGGACACAGACAUCCAGACAGCGUUUGCCAUCUCCAGCUGUUUAGCUCUGCCAUUCUGCCACAGUACGAGUCGAGCACCUACCUCCUGGAGUCUUUGAUCGGCCUGACUGAACCGAGCCCAGAGCAGGUUUAUUCAGUCACAGAUAAUCAGUUUUUAUAGGUGGUUUGAGGAGCUCUUGUAGGAAGAAGAAGCUACGUGAGAGAAUUAUAUGUAAAGAGCACUGCUUUUAUAUAUUUGUAAGAAUAUUUUAACGUACAAAAAAUGAUUGAUAAAAUAUUUUUUCCAUGCUGUAUAUUUUUUCUAUUGCCUAAAAUUCAUUUGCCUUUGUUUCAGAGGAACCACACCUGAGUAACCUAAUAUAUGUCCUGUUCUUUUUUUUUUUUUUUAAUGAAUCUAUAUAAUGACAUGUUAUUUAAUUUCUUCUUGAAACAUGGCCAUUGAGAAUAUUGGAUUCUGAUGAAUGGAGGGUAAUGCAUCAUUUUUAAAAAUAACGUUACCCAAAGUUAACGAAGCUAUACACAGAGUCAAUGCAGAGUGCCCAUUUCACGGCCAUGUUUCCCCCAAGAUAUCAAUAAAAACACCUGUAUUUUUCUGGUUGCUGGCUGUGAUGUAAGCAGGAUAAUCCACUCUGACUCACACUGGUUUCAGCCUUCAUUUUGUGAAUUAGUUUUAAUAACUGCCUGGAUCAUUGUGGAUUAUCCUUUAUAUGUUUCACAAUAUGUUUAGAAUCUCUGUAUUGGAGUAAUAAAAUAUUUUUUAUUUAUUA